GAGAAGCCUCAUGUUGGAGAGAAACCAUACACAUGCCCUCAGUGUGGAAAGAGUUUUACCGCAGCAGCAGGUCUCCGGUAUCAUCUGCAUGUUCACUCUGGAGAAAAGCCAUUUAACUGUGAUCAGUGUGGAAAAAAGUUUAUUUCACCAUCAUUUCUAAAACAACACCAAAAAGUUCAUUCAGAUGAGAAGCCUCAUGCGUGUACUUUAUGUGGAAAGACUUUCAUAAAUAAGGGAAAUCUUAAUGUGCACAUGAGAGUCCACACUGGAAAGAAACUGUACACAUGCCCUCAGUGUGGAAAGAGUUUUGCUGCAGCAGCCGGUCUCAGUUAUCAUCUGCACAUUCACUCUGGAGAAAAGCCAUUUAACUGUGAUCAGUGUGAUAAAAAGUUUAUUUCACCAUCAUUUCUAAAACAACACCAAAAAGUUCAUUCAGAUGAGAAGCCUCAUGUGUGUACUUUAUGUGGAAAGACUUUCAUAAAUAAGGGAAAUCUUAAUGUGCACAUGAGAGUCCACACUGGAAAGAAACUGUACACAUGCCCUCAGUGUGGAAAGAGUUUUGCUGCAGCAGCCGGUCUCAGUUAUCAUCUGCACAUUCACUCUGGAGAAAAGCCAUUUAACUGUGAUCAGUGUGAUAAAAAGUUUAUUUCAUCAUCAGGUCUAAAACAACACCAGAAAGUUCAUUCAGAUGAGAAGCCUCAUGUGUGUUCUUACUGUGGAAAGAGUUUUUCACGGCUGGCCAGUUGUAAACUGCACCAGAAAACACAUAAUGAAGUGAGAGAUCACAUGUGCUUUGAGUGUGGGAAGAGCUUUACUGUAGCUGCCGUUUUGGCAAGACACCAAAGAAGUCACACUGGAGAAAAAUCUUACAAGUGCUCAUAUUGUGACAAGAGUUUCACUGAGUCUGGAAGCCUGAAAAGGCAUGAAGGACUUCAUACUGGAGAGAAGCCGUAUCACUGUACUCAGUGUGGAAAGCGUUUCAUAGAUGCAUCUGGUCUCAGUUAUCAUCUGCACAUUCACUCUGGUGAGAAGCCAUUUAGCUGUGAUCAGUGUGGUAAAAAGUUUAUAAGAUCAUCAAAUCUAAAAAGUCACCUGAUAGUUCAUUCAGAUGAGAAGCCUUACUUCUGUUCUUUCUGUGGAAAGAGUUUUUCAAGACUGAGUUACUGUAAGCAGCAUCAGAAAACGCAUAAUGAUGUAAAAGGUCAUGUGUGUUGUGAGUGUGGGAAGAGAUUUAAUACAGCUCCUCAUCUGAAACAGCACCAAAGAAUUCACACUGGAGAUAAACCUCACAAGUGCUCAUAUUGUGACAAGAGUUUCAUUCAUUCUGAACACCUGAAAGAGCAUGAGCGAGUUCACACUGGAGAGAAGCCGUAUUACUGUACUCGGUGUGGAAAGAGUUUCACUCGGUUAAGAAUUCUAGUAACUCAUAUAAAAAAGCAUUGUUCUGUGUCAGAGUGAGCAAAUGUUUUCUACAGUUUCUGACCUUUUUUAUAACAUAACACUUUUUUCAAAGAUAUUUAUUUCUAUAUUUCUCUGCAACAAAAUAGUUACAUU